AUGACGCCCAAGUUGUUACAGCGACUAGUGUUUUCGCGGGUAUCUCUCUCAACAAUCGCAAUUGAAUCUAGGGCCCUAGGCGAAUCUGUUGGGGGAUCGUUUUCACAAUUAAAACAUAAUAGAAUACAAACACGGCCUAUCCAUAAACCUGCUGCCCUUUCUUCUCAGCCCCAAGAAUUCGUAAUAACAAAUUCACCCUACGCGACUGAACCUAAAAAACGAUAUCGUGUAGUCGUUGGAGUAGUCCUCUCCCGUUGCCCAAUAAUAACCCGCACUCUCCACCCGUUCGAACGCGAAUACUAUAAAUAUCAACAGCGUCUAGAACAGGCUCGCGCAGCCCCGUUUCCGGUAGAGUUUUAUUUUAAGAAGGGGAGCAUUGCUGAGAAGAAUUGGUUGGCUAAAGAGUCUGGAGACGGGGAGAAGAAGAAGAGCAAACAGAAGAAAAGUAGUGAAAGCCAAGUUGAGAGUAGUGAGAUUGAUACCAGCACUACUUACAUCGAGGAGACGGGUUCGGGCGGUGAUUUAGACGAGAAGAUAACUAUUGCAAGUAGGGAGACUGAGGCAGACCGAAUAAAUGAUAUGACAUCGUUGGAUCGUGCACUACAAAGAACGCUAUAUUUGAUUGUGCGGAAGCCGCGAAAGGAGCAUGCGUGGCAAUUUCCUCAGGGCGGCGUGAAUACUGCUGAAGGAGAGCUAUUGCAUCAGGCAGCUAAACGCGAGUUGGCCGAGGAAUGUGGCGAGAAUAUGGACGUUUGGUUUGUAUCUCGUAAACCAAUUGGGUAUUGCGCGUAUGAUUUUCCGGCUGGAGAGGGUGAUGUUUACGAUGGAGCAAAGGUGUUCUUCCUCAAGGCCCAUAUAUUCGCUGGACAGGCACGAGUCGACAACACAGAGAUUGUUGAAUUUGCUUGGGUAACUAAACAAGAGAUGCAGAAAUACGUGUCUCCUCAAUAUUACAGUUAUGUCAAAGAUAUGUUGAAUGAUUUAUAG